CUCGGGUAUUAGCGCUGAAUCCGGUAUUGCCGUUACAAGCAGGUGAAGGUUGUGUAGCAAAAAUGGUCAGACUCCUCACCAUCCACCACAUAAAAUCAACCUUAAGGUCUGUUUCAAGGGGAUUCUCAUUUUCAGCUCAUCGUCUUAAGGCUGAUGUUGUUGUCAUUGGAUCGGGUCCAGGAGGUUAUGUUGCCUCCAUUAAGGCUGCGCAAUUGGGCAUGAAGACGGUGUGUGUAGAAAAGAAUGACACCCUGGGCGGAACUUGUUUAAAUGUUGGUUGUAUUCCCAGCAAAUCGCUACUAAACAAUUCGCAUUUAUAUCAUCUUGUAAACUCCGAGGAAAUCCGGCACCGUGGGAUCGAUAUUGAAAGUUGCAAACUAAACUUACCCGCUCUGUUGAAGGCGAAAGAAAAAGCGGUGUCAAGCCUAACUGGUGGAAUAGCUUACCUAUUUAAGCAGAACAAAGUUGAUCAUGUCAAUGGUUUCGGUUCUAUAGUUAACCCUAACGAAGUUUUGGUCAAAAAGGGAGACGGAAGUGAAGAACGGAUUGCAACUGAACGGAUUCUAAUCGCAACAGGUAGCGAAGUUACUCCAUUCCCUGGGAUUGAGAUCGAUGAACAGUCUGUCGUAUCAAGCACUGGCGCGUUAUCACUAACUAAAGUCCCUCAACACCUUGUAGUUAUCGGGGCUGGCGUUAUCGGUGUUGAAUUAGGUUCUGUAUGGAAGCGAUUAGGCGCCGAAGUCACUUGUGUGGAAUUCCUUGGUCAUGUUGGGGGUAUGGGCAUCGACAUGGAGAUAAGCAAAAACUUUCAGAAAAUCUUGACUAAACAGGGACUCAAGUUCCUUUUAAAUACUAAAGUUUUGUCCGCGUCUAAAUCUGGUGAUACAAUAACAGUACAAUUAGAAGGUGCUAAAGAUGGUAAAUCUCAAAGUAUUGACUGUGAUACCCUUCUAGUGUGUAUAGGAAGGCGUCCUUACACUAGUGGACUUGGUCUAGAAAAUGUCGGAAUCAAGUUGGACGAGAAAGGUCGAAUUCCUGUUGAUAAAAAUUUUCAGACAUCUGUUCCAAAUAUUUAUGCUAUUGGUGACUGUAUACCUGGUCCAAUGUUAGCACACAAAGCUGAAGAUGAAGGAAUAAUUUGUGUUGAAGGAAUGCUUGGCGGCGCUGUACAUAUAGAUUAUAACUGUGUUCCUAGUGUUAUCUAUACUCAUCCUGAAUGUGCUUGGGUUGGUAAAAAUGAAGAACAGUGCAAAGCAGAAAAUAUUCCAUACAAAGUAGGCAAGUUCCCGAUGUCUGCAAAUUCAAGAGCUAAAACUAAUGAUGAGCCUGAAGGACUUUUUAAAGCGUUAGCCCACAAAGAUACAGACAGACUUCUUGGAGUACACUUACUUGGUCCUUGUGCUGGUGAACUAAUAAACGAAGCAGUAUUAGCUAUGGAAUAUGGCGCUUCAGCUGAAGAUGUUGCACGUGUCUGUCAUGCCCAUCCGACUGUGUCCGAAGCUCUGCGUGAAUCUUGUCUCGCUGCAUUCUGUGGCAAAGCUAUCAAUUUCUCAUAGCAUCAAGUAGACAACUGAGCGACCUAUCGUAUUGUGUAGGUUAAUACAAUAUAGAAGAAAAUGAUCGUUUCCUGCUAAUAAAUAUAACUUCAUUUCAAAUGGUCUACAUAUCUUCAAGUCAGGCUGCCAACUACUGUUCCAGGUUGACUGUUCUUUCUGAUAUUUUUGUCUGUCUGUCGAUCCCUCUUUCUCUUAACUGAUAGUUGAUUUAAUUAGGCUCAUUUUCUUUAAUAUGUAUUGUAGAGCAAAAUUUAUUUGUAAGAAAAAUUAUAGACUAGUUAUUAUAAUUAAUUCAACUCGGGUAUCAAUUGUUACUUGACUCUAGUAUUUUAAGUUCUUAAUAGGAUAGUUUUAUAGUUAUAUCAGUAAUCUAAUGUACUUACAGUAUUUUACGAAACAGAUAUCCCAAAACAAUAAUCUGGA